CUCUUAUCGUAUUUCUUCAAAAAAUCCCAUUCUCUUUCAAUUAAUUUAUAUUCUUGAGUAAAUAUAAUUAAAAAAAAAAAAAAGGAUGAUGAUGACGUCAUCGUUCAGGAGAGAUGACGACAGCAUUAACGGAGAGGAGGGAAGAAGUGGUAGUAUAAAUAGCAUAAUUGACGAGCGAGAGGAAUAUGAGGUGCAGGAUUUGAGGGAACGAAUUAACUCGUCCCGAGGUAGCCGGUUGACUCUGAUUGAGAACGAGUUGGGUCUUAACCCGACCCGCCGAAAGUUCAGCAGGCAAACCGUUAUCGAAGGCUUCAAAGGCUUCUCACAACGCUUCUACAUUCAUCCCGAUAAUAGUUGGUACAAGGCAUGGGAGAAAUUUAUACUAAUAUGGGCAAUUUAUUCAUCAUUCUUUACUCCAAUGGAGUUUGGAUUCUUCAGAGGACUACCCAAAAACCUCUUUGUUUUAGACAUUGUUGGUCAAAUGGCUUUCCUCAUUGACAUUAUAUUGCAAUUCUUUGUGCCUUAUAGAGAUAGCCAUUCUUACAAAAUGGUCUACAAUCAUAACUUGAUCGCCCUUCGGUAUCUUAAAGCUCAUUUUUUUACGGAUCUUCUUGGAUGUAUGCCUUGGGAUGUUAUCUACAAGGCCGUUGGACGAAAAGAAGAGGUGAGAUAUCUUCUGUGGAUUAGGUUAACUCGGGUCCGAAAAGUUACCGGAUUCUUCCAAGUGAUGGAAAGGGACAUUAGAAUCAAUUAUCUCUUCACGAGAAUCGUCAAACUUAUUGCAGUGGAACUCUACUGCACACACACGGCAGCUUGUAUUUUCUACUAUUUAGCUACUACCAUCCCCGAAGAGAAGGAAGGGUACACGUGGAUCGGGAGUUUGAAGCUCGGUGAUUAUAGUUAUUCUCACUUUAGAGAAAUUGAUAUUUGGAAGCGAUACACAACUUCAUUGUAUUUCGCCAUUGUCACUAUGGCAACUGUCGGUUAUGGAGACAUACAUGCAGUGAAUCUGAGAGAAAUGAUAUUCAUUAUGAUCUACGUAUCGUUCGAUAUGAUCCUCGGUGCAUAUCUGAUCGGUAACAUGACAGCUUUGAUGGUGAAAGGAUCGAAAACCGAACGAUACAGAGACAAAAUGACCGAUCUAAUUAAAUAUAUGAACCGAAACAAACUCGGAAGAGACCUUCGUAGCCAAAUAAAAGGGCACUUGCGUUUGCAAUACGAGAGCAGCUACACCGAUGCUGCUGUUCUUCAAGAUAUCCCGAUUUCAAUCCGGGCCAAGAUAUCACAAACUCUAUACAUGUCGUAUGUAACGAAUGCUCCUCUUUUCAAAGAUUGUUCCUCCGAAUUCAUCAACCAAAUCGUAACUAGGGUCCACGAGGAAUUUUUUUUACCCGGUGAAGUAAUAAUGGAGCAAGGAAAUGUUGUAGAUCAACUCUAUUUUGUUUGCCAUGGUCUUCUGGAAGAGGUUGGUAUAGCUGCAGAUGGAUCAGAAGAAAUUAAGUCGCUUCUUGAGCCGAACAGCUUAUUCGGAGAAAUAUCGAUUCUUUGCAAUAUUCCUCAACCGUAUACCGUUCGUGUUUGUGAACUAUGUAGACUUCUUCGGAUUGAUAAACAGUCGUUUUCCAAUAUUCUCGAAAUAUAUUUCCACGAUGGCCGUAGAGUCUUGAAUAACUUGUUGGAGGAGAAAGAGUCUAAUAUUCGAGUGAAGCAAGUGGAGUCGGAUAUAACGUUCCAUAUCGGGAAACAAGAGGCGGAGCUUGCUUUGAGAGUGAAUAGUGCGGCUUAUUACGGCGAUUUGUAUCAACUGAAAACCCUAAUCCGAUCCGGAGCCGAUCCUAACAAGAAAGAUUACGAUGGGAGAUCUGCUUUGCAUCUUUCCGCGUCGAAAGGAUACGAAGACAUUACUCAUUUCCUCGUACAAGAAGGUGUAGACAUAAAUGCCCAAGAUAAUUUUGGUAAUACACCAUUGCACGAGGCAAUCAAGAGCGGGCACGAUAGAGUUGCAGCGUUGCUCGCGAAAGAAGGAGCCUUGUUGAAGAUUAAUAAUGCCGGUACAUUCUUGUGCUCAAUUGUUUCGAGGGGAGAUUCGGAUUUUCUUCGAAGGGUUUUAUCCAACGGGCUCGAUCCAAACUCCAAAGACUACGAUCACCGGACCCCACUUCAUAUAUCCGCCUCUCAAGGAUUGUAUUUAAUGGCCAAAUUGCUCUUGGAAGCAGGAGCUAGUGUUUUCUCCAAGGACAGAUGGGGAAACACUCCAAUGGAUGAAGGCAUAACAUGUGGAAACAAAAAUAUGAUCAAGCUUCUUGAAGAAGCAAAGAUAGCUCAACUAUCUGAACUUCAAGAUAGCUCUCAAGAGAUUACUACAGAUAAAAUUCAUCGAAAGAAAUGCACCGUGUUUCCGUUUCAUCCAUGGAAUCAAAAGGAGGGUCGAAGAAACGGGGUCGUUAUGUGGGUCCCUCACACUAUUGAAGAGCUUAUAAAAUCAGCAUCGGAUCAACUCGAAACUCCUGAAGAAGAUGGAUCGUGCGUUUUAUCGGAAGAUGGAGGUAAAAUUAUCGAGGUGGAUAUGAUUACGGAUGGUCAAAAAUUGUAUUUGAUUAGUGGAAAAGAUUGAAUUAAUCAUCUCAUGCAAAAUUGAGGAGAAACUCUACUUGUACACAUUUGGCUUUGAUCAUUCUUGAAUUGAGCUGAGUAUCAUCAUCAAUGUAUAUAUCCCAUUUUUUUUCUCU